UGCGCAAUUUACUCCAGAGAAGAGGAAAAUUGAAAGUACUUUUCAGUUGUACCAGAGACGUCGUAUAGACUUGAACACAAAACAAUUGCGAGCCGGUCCUGACUUGGAUUUUUUCGAAAUAAUAAAUAAGACUAAACCUCUUAUCACAAUUCAAACAAAAUGUCUCAACUUUUCCGUGCCGUUAGUUUACUGAAAAAUGCUCCUUUGCAUCAGGCACAAAGAGUAGCAUCUCUCCACCUUAGCUCUGCUCUGAAGGCCAAUAGUUAUUUAAUUGAUUCUCCAGAGUACGCUUUCCUUAAGGAUGUUGGAUUGGAACGUGAAAAUCCCGGUGUAUUCACUGGCUCAUGGAAAGGUUCAGGAGAAGUUGUCACUUCGAUUGAUCCUGGUACCGGUAAAGCAAUUGCCAGUGUUCGCUCUGGCACAGUUCAAGAAAUGGAAGAAUCCAUAAAGGUGGGAGUGGAAGCUUACAAAGAAUGGUGUCAAGUACCUGCUCCCGUUAGAGGUGAAAUUGUACGACAAAUUGGUGAUGAAUUACGCAAAUACAAGGAGCCUUUGGGUAAAUUGGUAAGCUUGGAAGUUGGUAAGAUCUACAGUGAAGGUCAAGGUGAAGUCCAAGAAUUCAUUGAUAUCUGUGAUUAUGCUGUGGGUCUGUCACGCAUCUAUGCUGGCCAAAUGAUUAACUCGGAAAGAGCUGAACACACAAUUUUGGAAGCAUGGCGUCCAUUGGGUUUGGUGGGCGUUAUUUCGGCCUAUAAUUUCCCCAAUGCCGUUUUUGGCUGGAAUGCUGCCAUUGCCUUGACCUGCGGCAACAGUGUUUUGUGGAAGGGAGCCCCAACCACCUCCUUAGUUUCGGUGGCCACCACUAAAAUUGUCGCCGAUGUCUUGAAACGCAAUAACUUGCCUCCAAUCACAACAUUGUGCCAAGGUGGCGCAGAUGUUGGCAAGAAAUUGGUUAGCGAUAAACGCGUCAAAUUGGUUUCCUUUACCGGCAGCUGUCAAACAGGACGCGAUGUUGGAGUGGAGGUACAAAAACGCUUCGGCAAAGUCAUUUUGGAAUUGGGCGGUAACAAUGCCUUGGUAAUUAAUGAAGAUGCCAAUUUGAAAAUGGCUUUGGAUGCUGCCCUGUUCGGUUGCAUUGGCACAUCUGGACAACGUUGUACUACCACCAGACGUAUUAUUGUCCAUGAGAAGCUCUAUGAUCAAUUCGUCAAGGAAUUAUGUGGCAAAUAUAAGCAGGUUUUGUCUCGCAUUGGUCAUCAAUUGGAUGCAAAUACCCUAGUGGGUCCUGUUCAUUCCCAACUAAAUAUUGAUGGUUAUAAGAAUACCAUUGCUGAUGCUGUUAAAUUGGGCGGUAAAGUGGCCUUUGGCGGUAAUGUUAUUAACCGUGAAGGAUUCUUCGUCGAACCCACUGUUAUUACCGGUUUAGCACAUGAUGCUCCUGUCGUACAUCGUGAAACUUUCGCUCCCAUUGUCUAUGUAUUGAAGACCAAAUCUGUUGAAGAAGCUAUUGAAUGGAAUAACGAAGUCGAUCAAGGUCUCUCGUCGGCCAUCUUCACCGAAAACAUGUCGAAGGCAUUCAAAUGGAUUGGCGCCCAAGGUUCCGAUUGUGGCAUUGUCAACAUUAACACCACCACAAAUGGUGCUGAAAUUGGAGGAGCCUUCGGUGGUGAGAAACACACUGGCGGUGGUCGUGAAUCUGGCUCAGAUGCCUGGAAACAGUACUGUAAACGUGCCACCAUAACCGUCAAUCAUUCUGGAGAAUUGGCUUGUGCCCAAGGUGUUGUUUUCAAUGUCGAGUAAUCAGAGUCUGAACACAUAUAUAAAACAUUAAUUUUAAGUAUUUUCCCCGAAUUUCCCGUUUUACCGCUAUUAAGCUUUAAAAAAAAUCAAUUGUGAGUUUUGUUAUAAAUGCACACAAUCAUCAUUGCUUUUUUGUAUAUUUAAUAUAAUAAUAAACAUAAUAAAUGUUUUAAUUCUGUAAAUAAAA